GAAGGCUCCGGCUUGGGCGGACGGAGCCUCGUGCGCAGGCGCGGAGUUAGACCUCGCCGUAGCCCCCAUCGCCUCGGGGAGUCUCAUCACAGUGGGUCCGCUGGCCCAUAGGGGCGCUUUCCCUCCUCUACCCUCCCGGGUUCCCCGCGCGCCCUACGCGCCCCAAUGGCGGAGCUGCGGCCUAGCGUCGCCCCCGGCCCCGCCGCGCCCCCGGCCUCUGGCCCUAGUGCCCCUCCGGCCUUUGCUUCACUCUUUCCCCCGGGACUGCACGCCAUCUACGGAGAGUGUCGCCGCCUCUACCCUGACCAGCCGAACCCGCUCCAGGUUACCGCUAUCGUCAAGUACUGGUUGGGUGGUCCAGACCCUUUGGAUUAUGUUAGCAUGUACAGAAAUAUGGGGAGUCCUUCUGCCAACAUUCCUGAGCAUUGGCACUACAUCAGCUUUGGCCUGAGCGAUCUCUAUGGUGACAACAGAGUCCAUGAGUUUACAGGAACAGAUGGGCCAAGUGGAUUUGGUUUUGAAUUGACAUUUCGUCUGAAGAGAGAAACUGGGGAGUCUGCCCCACCAACAUGGCCAGCAGAGCUGAUGCAGGGCCUAGCCCGAUACGUCUUCCAGUCAGAGAACACCUUCUGUAGCGGGGACCAUGUGUCUUGGCACAGCCCUUUGGAUAACAGUGAGUCAAGAAUUCAGCACAUGCUGCUGACGGAGGACCCACAGAUGCAGCCUGUGCGGACACCCUUUGGGGUAGUUACUUUCCUCCAGAUUGUUGGUGUCUGCACUGAGGAGUUACACUCUGCCCAACAGUGGAACGGGCAGGGCAUCCUGGAUCUGCUGCGGACAGUGCCCAUUGCUGGCGGUCCCUGGCUCAUAACUGACAUGCGGAGGGGAGAGACCAUCUUUGAGAUCGAUCCACACCUGCAACAGGAGAGAGUUGACAAAGGCAUCGAGACAGACGGUUCUAACCUGAGCGGUGUCAGUGCCAAGUGUGCCUGGGAUGACCUCAGCCGGCCUCCGGAGGACGAUGAGGAUAGCCGGAGCAUCUGCCUCGGCACACAGCCUCGGAGGCUGUCUGGCAAAGACACAGAACAGAUCCGGGAGACCCUGAGGCGAGGACUGGAGAUUAACAGCAAACCUGUCCUUCCACCUAUCAAUUCUCAGCGACAGAAUGGCCUCACCCAUGACCGAGCCCCGAGCCGCAAGGACAGCUUGGGCAGCGACAGCUCCACGGCCGUUAUCCCCCACGAGCUAAUCCGCACACGGCAGCUCGAGAGUGUGCAUCUAAAGUUUAACCAGGAGUCAGGAGCCCUCAUCCCUCUCUGCCUGAGGGGCAGACUCCUGCAUGGCCGGCACUUCACCUACAAGAGUAUCACAGGUGACAUGGCCAUCACGUUUGUGUCCACGGGAGUGGAAGGCGCCUUUGCCACUGAGGAGCGUCCUUAUGCCGCCCACGGACCCUGGUUACAAAUUCUGUUGACAGAAGAGUUUGUAGAGAAAAUGUUGGAGGACUUAGAAGAUCUAACAUCUCCAGAGGAAUUUAAACUUCCCAAAGAGUACAACUGGCCUGAGAAGAAGCUCAAAGUGUCCAUCCUCCCCGACGUGGUGUUCGACAGUCCACUGCACUAGCCUGGGCUAGGCCCUGCAGGGGCCAAGAGGAGCCCAGCUGCUCCCAGUGACUUCCAGUGUGACAGCUUGUAAAGGAGACACCCAUGAAUAAAAGGGCAAGUGUGGGGAUGACUGCAAAGUGCCACGCCCAUCACAGGCCCCACCCACCUCAGGCUCAGGGGCCUCAGUCCUAGCAACCAAGCCCAUGUGACCAGGCCCCUGUCCUUCAUGGCAGUGAGCGAGUGAGGGUGCACCUGCACACCCUCUCCACCCACCGGCUGCGGCCACAGAUCUCAUUGGUGCACUCCUGGGAUAAGACAUGCUUGCCAUACGGCCUGGUGUGCAGAACACACGUGAGGACGCACGGCCUGGUCAGCCCCAGCGAGCUUUUCCUCAGGCUGCUCCACCCCGCAGAACAAUUGUUUUUUCUUUCCUCAGUGUGUUGUGGAAACCGGAUGGUAUUUUUAUUGCUCAGCAAAGAUGGUCCAGAAGCCAUGUAUAUAGCGAUGUUUAAACAGGACUCAUUCCUGGAUGGACUUUAUUGUUCUCUUAGACAAGGGUCUGGGGGCUCUGCUCUCUCCCCCUGAUCCCACAUACCCUCUUCCUGAAAAGAUGCUUGGUGCUGCCUGUCAGCUCUGGACCCUGGAGGAGGCUGGGACAGCUGACAUACUCCACGCAGCCCUGGGUACAGAUUUUUCUGUGGCCUGGAAGGGCUGCCACUGCCUUCCAAGUGAAGUAGGCUUCUACAAGACUCUGGGGGCUCAAGGACAUGGUGGCCCUUGCUAUGUCUUCCAGUCCUUUUACCCAACCAGGCCUCCCAAGAAGAGAGUAAAGCCCACUGCCUCCCCAGCCUUCUGCUCAGGGCCUCCAGCUCCUUGAUUCCCCCAUCCUUUGGCGGCCCAGCCCCCUGGACUGGCAGUCAACCUCUCCACAGCUCUCCCUUUUGUUUUGCUGAUACUGCUCCCUGUGGCCAUUCAUCUUUCUCAUAUCUAUUCUGUACCUAUCUUCUGUCCCUGUCUCUUCCUGCAGCCUGGCCCUCUUGUGGGUACCGUGCUCUCACCUCCAGGACUGCAGAUCUGCCUGCCUUCCAGGGACAUUUGAGAGCUGCGUAAGAGAGAUCUCCCACUUCUGACCUGGAACCGGCAAGCUCCUUUUCUGCAUUCUUGCCUGCCUCUAGGUCGGAUGAUGGUCUUUGUUCAUUCUUUAAGUUCAAAUGUCUCCAAAGGAGAGAGAUGUUGUCUGUCAGGGACCUUCCAAGAGCUCCCCUGCUCUGUUUGCCUCCACCCCCUACAAUGGGUGCCUCCAGGGGCCUUGAACUCUGGCUGGGGUCUCAAAGAAGCAGAAACUGGUCUUUGAAGGAAUGGCUUGAUCUGGCCUCAUCUGCAUGUCCUAGGUCUAAGCUUAACCAGCACUUGGAAGCAGAGCCAUAAGGAACAUCUGAGAGAGGCUGGCUGCAGACCCUACCCAGCCAAGAUAGAAGCCUGUCUGGAGCAGACACCAUACUGCCCUGGAACUUUUCCACAAGGACGUUUCCAGCCUUACCCUUUUAGCUCUUGUCUUCUGAAAGUUUAUGGGCCAAGAGAUGCUCUCAGCGUUCCUUGCCAUCACCGGUGUUGUAAUAGUUCACCUCCCUAAUUCUCUCCAGAGCCCUGCUUCAGGGCCCCUCUGCAUUCUAGCCUAUCUCCAUAUGUCUGGCUCGGGGAUGAGCAUGCCCACUGUGAGUGUCACAUCACACAGUUCGUGGUAGUUUGUUAGUAUGUGAGACUCCCGGUCAACAACUUGCCCUCAAUCUGCAAGGUCUUUGCAGACUGGUAGUUACCACCACUUGCUUGGGUGGCUCCACUGGGGAACAGGGAAUGGCAUGUAAGCUCCAGAUGCUCACAGGCCCUGAGGUCUUUCCUGCCCACCUCUCCACACCCCCAACCCCCAACCCCCACCCUGUUAGGAACCUCAGGAAUGUCUAAACUCCUGCUGGGACCAGACUCCCACCAUUCCUGUAGUAUAAUGUCUCUAGGAGAGUGGCUAAUCUCAGCCUGGUCUGACCAGGCCUCCUUUCCCUUGGGCUCUGGUUUCUUCCAGAGGAAUCUCAGGGAAAGAGGUUCACCAUGAAGCUGCCGGCCAGGAAGAAGAGACCCUAACAUCGGAUUGAGCAAGACUGGCCUUACCCUGACACGGGAUUGGUGCUCUGUAGAGGGACACUUCCUUUCCCUCCCUGCAGCUGCUCUUUCAAGGGGAGGGGUUCAGUCGUCUUCCUCCCUGACUACAGACUUCCUCAGCCUUUCUCCAUCCUUCAACCUUCCAAGUCCACAGGACCAGAGAUUCUGAAAGGAAGGGACUUUGACUUCCUGUAACUAAAGCUUCCCGGAGCUCGUGUGGGCUGCAAAGGGUGUCAGCGCCGGCUGCCAUGCUUGGGAAGCAUGGUCCUCCUUUUCUAAGUAUGACACUCCAACAGGGCCUGGAGAAGCUUUGGGGAGUCUAAAGGGGCCAGGAUAUGGACACCCCAGACCCUGGGUCCGGGGACUGAGUUCUGAGGUUGAGAGCAGGGAGAGUACCUGAAGCUGGGUGCCCCUAUGGGGCAGAUCAGAGAACUCCCUCAACUGUAUUUUUUUAACCUGGUCUUCCCUCUCUGGCCUCCAUGAUCUUGGUGCCAGGUGAGGUGUCUGGGUCCCUGUUACAAGUCAGGAGCCCUGUUUGGAGACCCACUCCUUUUGUACAAAGAUCUGAAUGCUGCAGAGAACAGACUUUUGUACAUUUUUAUAUCAGUUUUUAAUGUCAGUGGCGACUCAGUUCCUGGGGCUGCAGCUGGCUCAGGACUUUUGUAAGAAAUUUUGAGUGACUCACUUAGAUUUUGUUCCUACUUGUCCCUCUUCCUUCGUGUAAUCUAAGUGCAUUAAACAUAUCUGCAGGAACGUC